UUGCGCGUGCCGUGUCGGCGGGAAGUCACGUGGUGGUUGACGCUACUACCCCCACGAUUCCGGCGUAAUACCCCGUGCUCGCUGAAUUCUCAGUCAGUCGCCGUUCCGACGGUGUGUCGAGUGUGUGACAAGCUUACCGUGACUACGGUGUGACGUAUUACUACCUCAACAGAGGAACGUGAAGAUUCUUGCUUUGCUUGGUGUGGGAUUUUGGAUUCGCUGUACGACAUCGCCGUUCCUACCUGCCACGCCCCGCCAGAGGUGUUAUUUUAUUUUCUCCCUGCAUUGAGCAUUUGGUUGCUCGACCGAGAGGAUUCCUGACAUGGCACGCUACGGCAGCCUCUGCGGGCUUCCGGCUUUGGCGGUGACGGUGAUCGUCCUCGGCUGUCUUCUCAGUCCAGGAAGCCCAGCAAGGACAGGAGGGACAGGAGGCGCCGGAAGCGCAGGAGCCCCAGGAAACCCAGGAGGUGCAGGAGGCCACGGAGGCAGCGGAGCUGCCGGGGGCCCAGGAAGCAUAGGAGGCACAGGAGGCGCAGGAGCUGCCGGGGGCGCCGGACUCGGCGGGAGCGCAGGAGGUGCCGGGGGCUCAGGAGGCGUCGGGGGCGCAGGAGGCUCCGGGGCCAACGGAGGCACAGGAGGUGCAGGAGCCGCCGGAGCGCCAGGAAGCGGCGGAGCGCCAGGAGGCGACGGAGGUGAUGGAGGUGAUGGAGGCGAUGGAGGGGCCGGAGGCAAGGGAGGCAUCGGAGGCGUAGGAGGCGCUGGAGGUGCCGGAAACCCCCCCGGACGCCCAGGACAAGCCGGACACCCAGGAGGCCCCGGGAGGCGAUGAAACCUUUAGCUGCGACACCAAAUGCGUUUGCUCAAGGCAGCGUUCUGACAGUGGUCUGCAGUUAUCGAGUGUGAUCUAUUCAUGUUCGCUUCUGCGCGCUGACACCAUGCUUGUUCAUUCUGUUAGUAAGCGAAUGUGUCCAAGUUUACGCAGCCGAUAAAACUACUAUCCUUACUCCGCAUAGCUCUCUGCUAAUUUGCUAUCGUAAUUGCUGCUUCGCCUUUCUGGCGAAACUACAACUUUUUCAUACAUCCGGUGGUUUUGCGUUACUUUAGCGGCUUUCUUCUUUUUGUUUUUACUGGACGCAACAAAAUGUCACCCGUCGCGUAACUUUAGCGGUUUUCUUCUUUUCGUGAUGAACGCAUUGAAAAGUCACCCCUCGCGUUACAAUCGUGGUCGCAUUACAAUCGAUUAAAUAUGGUAUGUACCUCCCUGUGUACUCCCGGCCAAAAUAUUGUUUUGGUUAGUGCCGCAAUUAUCUGCCUUCCAUUUCUGUGUCCGUUAACAUGACCCUUCUCGUUUAGGACUCUUCUAUGUUGUAUCAGAAGCAUCAAUUGCAUCAGUUGUUUCCAUUCACUCCGAAAUUUUCUAUAUACCAGGUCCUUUUUCAGCUCGUAUGUCACACCUUCUCUGACCCCUUCUCGAAUAGAUCUACCGCCGAUCCUCCGCAUCACGUACCUGAGUGUUCUAUUCUCUCUCUGCUGCCUUCCCAGCUCUUCCGCGGAUACAUCAAGUUUCCUUACUACUGUAUGCCUGUUCUCAUCUUGUUCUUUAUCCCUCUUACUGUCGUCACAGUUCCUAGAUCUGUUUGACAAGAUUGGUUCACCGAGCGACUAUGGGUCCUCGACUGCUCUCGGUCCUGGUGUAUUUCCUAAGAUCAGGUCAUACAGCGGUUCUUCUACGUACCUGGCUGUGACAAUUCCUGUAUAGUAUGGUGUGAAUAUACAGAUCUUAGCCUCCGGGAGGUAUCUCACCGAGCUGUCCACGAACUUAACUGGUUUCACCUGUCCUGUCAUGCUCUUUGGAGGUACCAACUUCUCCUUACAAGCACAGUGUCCGCACCCGUGUCUUUUCAUACAGUAGCCUUCUUUCCUUCUUUACCUUCUACCACUGGCAUAUCUCGCUCUUUAC